AAAUUUGUUGUUUAUUAAAAUUCGUUUUAUUUGUUGCCUAUUACCUCGUUAAAAAAUAGUCACAUUUAAAGCAUUUUAACUAACUAAUGCUCCUAUUCUCGUCAUAAGAUGAAAACAACUGGCGGUGGCUCAUCUGAGGAGCCUAGCAAAUCAUCUUUAUCCAAAGUAAGCAAAAAGUCAACAAAAUCACGUGCCAAGUCCACUAAGUCGUCGGAAGCCGGCAACAAAUCCUCUGUCUUGGCUACCAACGUAGUUAACCCUAUAGUCAGUUUGCCCGCUACGCCCAUACAUCUUAAUGUAGUCACAACACCUACUACGCCCACCAGUAAUUUAGGUAACUGCAAUUUGUUUGACUCUUCGUUUGCCCUUGCCGGCCAUGGACAUGGAGUGGCCGCCGAAGCAACAAAUGCGUCCAACAAAGUGAGUCAUCACAAGAACUAUGCCGGCUUUGAUCCACGCAGCAUAAGAAUUUUUUGGGAGCAGCAUGAUCAAACUGAUGUGGAGCUGUCACAUGACGUGUGUGCGAGAUUGGCGGAAGAUGCUUCGUAUAAAGUUUGGGAGCUCAUUAAUAACUUGAAGGUUUAUUCGCGCCACUCUGGCGGUGUAGUUACCUAUGAUUUAGUCAACGAAGUACUUAAAGAUGCGGAUGUGCCACCAAUGCUGGGUGCCGUGGACAGCGAUUACGAUUGCAUUAAUUACGAUGGCAGCUUCUUUUAUCACUCGGAUAAAAUCUUUGAGCUACGCGACGAAUUUCAAAAGAAAAUAAAGCUCUCGUUGCCAAGUGAUGAAGACUUUGGCUGCAGCUGUCCCAUAGAGGAUAAAAGCACAGAGCAGCUGAAGAUGUUUGUGCAAAGUCUAGUAACAGCUGGCAUAUUCGGCGGCGCAAAGGCUCGAACUGCAGCCAUAACACAAGCCUAUGAGACGCCUCUGAUGGGCGCCUGCUAUCGUGUUAUAGUGAGCAAGCUGCUGCAGUUGCUCGCUUUCAAGCAGCAUGAUAAUCUGAGUCAACGAUGCUGGCGCCUGUUGCGCGCUUGCAAUUAUAAUUCAAACGCGAAUCAAAUCAGCUGUCGUAGCGAGUACUUUCAUCUGGCCGAAGUGCUCAUUAGUCAGUUGAUGGCACCCUAUGAAACAAUUAAAGUAGCUCAGUCACAAGCUACGUCCGCUGAAAUGGAAACUAAUGUUGAGCCCAAGCGGGAGGUCGAGCCAACUGCAACGGAAGGAGCAGAGGAAACCAUAUACAAGCAAGAGGAAGAUGCUGAGCAGCAGGCGGAUCAGAAGUCGCACCAAUUGUCGAAUUACUUUGCCACAGCCGUUGCCGAUUCCUAUGUGAAUGAUCUCUGCGAGACUAUAGGCCAGUUGGCGGCGCAGAGCGGAUACUUGCAUGGAGAGUGUCUAUUUUUGAUUAAGCGUAGACUGACAAGAUUCUUCGAAGGGCGUUCCGUAUGCAGUGAGCGUGAUUAUAAAUAUAUAAGUCGCGCUAUACGUGGCUUGCUUGCAUUGGGGGAGUACGCCUUUCGUGAAUUUAUACCCUAUAUUUAUAAAAUUAAUGUCAAUGAUAUACCAGAUAGUCUCUGGCAAGACUUGGCGCCAGCUGCUAUAUUUCUUGGUGGCCGUGAUGAUAUACACUUGUAUGAAUGGCUGGAGUUUGGCUGCGGAGCUGCCAAGUUGCAGCCUUUUAUGGUGCACUAUGCGACUGCUUUAGAGAAAAUGCUGGCCAAGCGAUAUGUAUUCGCUAGACGACCUGCUUACAAAAUCGGAGCGCAUCUGGGAGUGCGUCGCUUGGAAUGGAGCACGCUGGCAGCUGCUAUGUGCCACGGCGAUGAUCCCGGCAAGGCGCUGAAACCAAAGCCAGCUAUGAAUGAUAUUUUUCCGGACCGAACGCUCCCCAAUUUAAGGCUCAAUUGUGCAGGCACAAUACGUUUUAAAUUUGCCGGCUGCCGGCCUGUGCUGCUCAAGCCCAAGGGAGUCGCAGCAGCGCAUUUUAUGGACUCGCCUUCAACUAAUGGCGGCAGCGAUAUAGCCUACUCGGACAUACUCAUAGCCAAGCGAAGAACGCUCAAGCCGUUGACUAAUAUAAGGCGAGUUGUGCCUAUUGACAGCUAUCACUAUUUGCGAAUCUAAUUUAAGCACAUCAAAUGGAUCGUCCUG